AUGUCGGAAAAGAAAAAGCAGCAGAGGGCGAAGAAGCGUCGGAGUAAAGAGCAUAGUCGACGAGUUCGAGAACGGGAAGAAGAAUUGAGACGUCGACCAAGAGAGAAAGUUCCCUUUUUCUUGGGUUCGCCUUUCAAAACAUACGAAGUGAACUAUCGCGGACCUGCGGCGGGUGUAUGA